AAGUCAUCAGUUACAGAUGGAUAUCAUGUUAAUUGGUGGAAGUUUUCUUACUACAGAAGAGGGAGAAAGGCUAAGAGCUUAGGAAUGAUUCUCAGUUACCUGCCUGUAUCUUCACAUCUCUCCACCUGCAGUGUCCCAGUGUCACGUGACAAAGCCAUCUUAAAGGAAAGACCUCAUCCAUCACACUGUUUCCUCCCUUUGGCCCUAGUAGCACGAGGUAACUAUGAAAGGCUUAUAUUUUCAACAAAGUUCCACAAGUGAAGAAAUAACAUUUGUAUUUCAAGAAAAGGAAAAAGUCUCUGUCACAGAGGAUAACUUUGUGAGAAUUCAAGUUAAAGCUUGUGCCCUGAGCCAGAUAAACACGAAGCUUCUGGCAGAAAUGAAGAUGGAAAAGGAUUUCUUCCCAGUUGGAAGAGAAGUUGCUGGAAUUGUUUUAGAUGUUGGCAGCAAGGUAUCGUUCUUUCAGCCAGACGAUGAAGUCGUCGGAAUUUUACCCUUGGAUUCAGAGGAUCCUGGAGUCUGUGAAGUCACCCGAGUGCAUGAGCAUUAUCUGGUUCAUAAACCGGAAAAGGUUCCAUGGGCAGAAGCUGCUGGAGCAAUUCGGGAUGGAGUCCGAGCCUACACAGCUCUGUACUGUCUUUCUCAUCUCUCUCCUGGAAAGUCUGUGCUGGUCAUGGAUGGGGCAAGUGCGUUUGGCACAAUAGCCAUUCGGUUAGCACAUCACAGAGGAGCCAAGGUGAUGUCAACAGCACACAGCCUGGAGGACAAGCAACACCUUGAAAAGCUUAAACCUUCUAUAGCCCGAGUGAUUGACGUGUCUAAUGGGAAAGUCCAUGUUGCUGAGAGCUGUUUGGAGGAGACAGGUGGCCUGGGAGUAGACGUUGUCAUAGAUGCCGGAGUGAGAUUAUAUAGUAAAGAUGAUGAACCAGCUGUAAAAUCACAACUACCACAUAAGCAUGACAUCAUCACACUUCUUGGUGUUGGAGGCCAUUGGGUAACAACAGAAGAAAACCUUCAGUUGGAUCCUCCAGAUAGCCAUUGCCUUUUCCUCAAGGGAGCAACGGUGGCUUUCCUUAAUGAUGAAGUUUGGAAUUUGUCAAGUGCACAACAGGGAAAAUAUCUUUGUAUUUUAAAAGAUGUGAUGGAGAAGUUGUCCGCUGGUGUUUUCAGGCCUCUACUUGAUGAACCCAUUCCACUGUAUGAGGCAAAAGUUUCCAUGGAAGUUGUUCAGAAAAAGCAAGAAAGAAAAAAGCAAGUUGUUCAAUUUUAAUUCUCCUCCCCAGACCUCAGUCGGAUGCACCCAUACCAGUAUAUGAAGCCAGUUUUCUUUGGAAAUUGUUGAGAAAAAUCAAGGAAGAUAAAACAAGUUUUUCUAUCUUUAAGCCUGUAUUCCUGCCAUAAGAUGUUUGAUUUUUUGACAUAUUUGAAAAAUAUUUGCAAAACUAACGUGCAAACAAUCCCGAUAACUUUUUAA